UGGAAGAACCGGAAGUCGAAGCGGGGCUGACUUCGCUUCCGUUUUUGAUUUUCUUCUAGUGUUUGGGUUCUUCGCGGCCGCCCAAGAUGAACCGAUUCUUCGGGAAAGCGAAACCCAAGGCUCCGCCGCCCAGCCUGACCGACUGCAUUGGCACGGUGGACAGCAGAGCAGAAUCCAUUGACAAGAAGAUUUCCCGAUUGGAUGCUGAGCUAGUGAAGUAUAAGGAUCAAAUAAAAAAGAUGAGAGAGGGUCCUGCAAAGAAUAUGGUCAAGCAGAAAGCCUUGCGGGUUUUAAAGCAAAAGCGGAUGUAUGAGCAACAGCGGGACAACCUCGCCCAACAGUCCUUUAACAUGGAACAAGCCAAUUACACCAUCCAGUCACUGAAGGAUACCAAAACUACGGUUGACGCUAUGAAACUGGGAGUAAAGGAAAUGAAGAAGGCAUACAAGGAAGUGAAAAUUGACCAGAUUGAGGAUUUACAAGACCAGCUAGAGGAUAUGAUGGAAGAUGCAAAUGAAAUUCAAGAAGCACUAAGUCGUAGCUACGGCACCCCAGAAUUAGAUGAAGAUGACCUGGAAGCAGAGUUGGAUGCACUGGGUGAUGAGCUUCUGGCUGAUGAAGAUAGUUCUUACUUGGAUGAAGCAGCAUCUGCACCUGCAAUUCCAGAGGGUGUUCCCACUGACACAAAAAACAAGGAUGGAGUCCUGGUGGAUGAAUUUGGAUUGCCACAGAUACCUGCUUCAUAGACUUUCAUCAUUCAAGUACACAUGUAAAAUAAACACAUAUUGUGGGACUAGGAAAUAUAUCCAGAUUUUCCAUAACAGAUUUAAGUUCCUUUCCCUUCUUUGAAGGAAAGGUUAAUUACACUGCUCUUUUAUUUUUUUUCCGUUAAGAAAUUCAUUGUUUGGGGAAGCUUUCUUACACUAAAAUUUGAUUCUUUUUCUCUUAUGAAAGAUUAACUUAAAAGUAUCUUUGGCUUUUGUAUGACUCAUUUUCACUCAUUAAUAACAAUUUGAAAUAAAACCAAGGAUAUAAAAUCUUAAAUUUUGUGACAGUAUAACUCGACAGUCUCAAUAUGACCUGAUAAAUUGAUGAAGUGAAGAUGAGAUUAUUGAGACUGUUCAUAUUAUGAUUCAAAACCAUUUUCUAUUGUGGCAUAUAGGUGGCUCAAAGUAAUGGCUCUUUUGAUAGGUUUUGUUGUGUCUUGUGAGCAAAUCAUGUGUCUAGUGUUGGAAUGGAAUUGUUGCUACAGUAUCACAAGUGGAUAUUUUGACUUUGUCGUUCCCUCAGUAUUACAGCCUGACUUGUAAUCAAUAAUGAAUAUUUCUUGAUAUUUAAUGUAUAGGACAUUUAUUUAUACUCAAUAAAUAUUUUUCAAAA